AUGUCGAGCGACAAGAUCACCUUUCUGACCAACUGGCAAGCAGUGCCCUAUCAUCUUCCCGUCUACCGUGCCCAGUCUCAGGGUCAUUUCGCCAACGAGGGCAUCAAGGUGGCCAUCCUCGAGCCCAACGACCCAAGCGAUGUGACCGAAAUCAUCGGUACAGGCAAGGCCGACAUGGGCCUCAAGGCCAUGAUCCACACCCUCGCCGCCAAAGGCAUGCGCAACUAUCCCGUCACCUCGAUCGGCACACUCAUGGAUGAGCCCGCCACGGGCAUCAUCUACAUCGAGGGUAGCGGCAUCACUUCCGACUUCCAGAGCCUCCGAGGCAAACGAAUCGGCUAUGUUGGCGAGUUCGGCAAGAUCCAGAUCGACGAGCUCACCAGCCACUUUGGAAUGAAACCCGAGGACUACACCGCCGUACGUGUCGGAAUGAACGCCACCGAGGCCAUCAUCGACGGCCGUGUCGACGCAGCCAUCGGUCUUGAGAACGUCCAGAUGGUGGAGCUCGAGGACUGGUGCGAGCAACAGAGCCGACCCAGGGCGGACGUCAAGAUGCUGAGGAUCGACGAGCUCGCCGAGCUCGGAUGCUGCUGCUUCUGCUCCAUCCUCUACAUUGCCAACGACAACUUUGUCAGCCAGCACCCCGACAAGGUGCGGGCCUUCAUGCGUGCCGUUAAGCGCGCCGCCGACGACCUUUUCGCCCAGCCCCAGCAGGCUUGGGAGGACUUCAAGCUCUUCAAAAAGAGCAUGCAGGGACCCAUCAACGCGCGCAUUUUUGAGCGAUCGUUCGCCUACAUGUCGCGCGACUGCGCCAACGUGCCUCGCGACUGGACCAAGGUGACCAACUACUGCAAGCGACUCGGCAUCAUUGACGCUUCCUUUGAGCCCAAUAUGACCAACACCUUCCUUUCUUGGGACGUUGAUGCUCAGGACGAUGUCGAUCCGGACGCCAAGCAGCAGGAAAUUGCUCAGUACCAGGCUAACGAUGCGCACAAGCUGCUCGCCUCUGCUGGUGCCUACAGCCUCCCUCACUUCGGCUGCAAAUACGCAAAGGCCGCCACGGUCAAGGCAUCCGCCUAA